GGAUGGGGGCGCUGGCGGCGGCGACCCCGGCCGCGGUGCGAGCGGGCGUGUGUGGGGAAGGGGACGAGUCCCCGCCCGCCGCCGCUCCGGCUUCCCCCGCCGGCGCCCGCACGGCUCUUGUCCCUUUAAACCGCCCCCCCGCCUCCUUCGCCGGCUCCUUCCUCCUCCGCCUCGCCCGCGCCCCCCCCGCCCGCCGCGAGCAAUGGUCCGAGCCGCUCACUCAACCCAGCCCGCCCGGCCCGGAGUGGGAUAGACCAACGGGGAAGCAUUUCCCCCGCCGGAAAGAGGCGGGACAUCCCGGACGAUUAACAGCUUCUCUGACCAACGGAGAUAAAAGGUGGGGUCUGUGUGGUGGGAGCGGCGGUAUGAUUGGUUGGCAUGGACGUCAGUCACGUUGCAAGCGGAGAUCGGAUUGGCUGUGUUCGCGAGGGGGCGGUCCCUCGCGCAGCGGGCUGCGGUGCUGUCACAUCCGCUGGUCCCGCUCUCGCUGCUCCCUCAGCGGUCUCCUGAGGGGACCGGGACCGCCGGGCUCCCGGGAGAGGCUCCGCGCCGCGCUCCCAGCGCUCCCAGCACCGUGUAUGGUCCCUCCAGACCGCCAGCCUGCAUCCUGCUGUUCCACAGGGAAGAAACAAAAGCGCUGUAUAACCAAAACUGGUGUUAUUUCGGCUUCUUCCUAUACAAGGAAAUGGGAAGACAGUGGAAAAAUGUUGGAAUCUCUACAUAGUUUUCAGCCUGUAUGCCACACACACACUAUAGGGUUACUUAAUGGAGUGAGGCAGGAGGGAAAGGAUGGGAAUUAUGCCGUGGUUUCUGAAGAGAGAGGCCGGAGGCUUUGCAGAGGCUUCUUAGACAAGCACUGCAAACACUGUGCAACAAGGAAAUAAAUGGUGAAGUGCCACCACUUUAUUUCACCAAUCCCACUUUUCAGUGCGUGUUAAUCACAUUCCUUGGGAGCUGUAACCUUGAAAUCUUCACCUUGCAGAUUUCCUUAUAGCGCCCAGUUUCCUCACCCGCUGCUGCAGCUAGCAAGAAAUAAAUACAAAAAUUAGUGACAAUCACCUGAGGACUUUUCAUUUCCUCCUGAGGUGCUGCUGU